UGCUUUCGUGCUUUUCGUGGUGGAUGAGUGGAUGAGGAUCCAACUUUUUCUUAGCAGAUUCGAUUUACGACAAGACGGUUUAGCUUUAAACACUUUGCAUCGCUUUCUUCAGCGAAUUACGGUAUUGUCGAGCUUGAAAAUGAAUUGACGGAGUUGCUCAAUGGGUUCGGAAACCAACUUCUCGCCGGCGUCGUCUUCAUCGGCGGCAGCGUCCACGUCAUCUACGCCCAGCGCCAAGCGAAGUAGAGACCCCGAAGAUGAGGUUUAUAUUGACAAUCUCCACUCUCACAAGCGUUAUCUUAGUGAGAUAAUGGCUUCAAGUUUAAACGGGCUGUCUGUUGGAGAUAACUUAACUGAUAGUCUUGUUGAUUCUCCAAGGUCUGAAAGCAUGUGCUAUAUUAGGGAUGAUAUCUCUCUACAAUAUUCACCGAUGUCAGAAGAUUUGGAUGACUUGCCAAGCUAUGAUGUUUCCAUGCAUGUUUGUUCGUCUCAGCCCGAGAGCACUCCAACCAGCCCUGUGUCUCCUUACAGGCACCAGAGAACUUUGAGUGGGCUCUCAUCAGUCCCCCAAACCACUUCAAGCCCAGCGCUUACCUGCAACUUAACUCCUGUCACAUCUCAGGCUCGUCAACGAGGCUCAGAUUCUGAGGGUCGGUUCCCAUCAUCACCCAGUGACAUAUGCCAUUCAGCCGACUUGAGGAGGGCAGCGCUUUUGCGGUCUGUGAGAUCCGUGCAGCAGAUGAAAACCCAACCUCAUGUACCAACACCGUUUGAUUUGUCACUUAGUCAAGGCCAUGAUCACGAGCACGGCUUGGAAACUGAAGAUCGUCCUUGUUUGUACAUGAAAUCCUUAAUUGAUGAGAGCGAUUAUCAGAUUGCAGAGUGCUCCUCGUUCAGAGCAUCAGAAUCUGAAAAUCGGGAUAAACGUUCCAGGUUGUUGAAUAUGCACGUGAAAGGCGAUAAAUCUCCCUGAUUAACAGUUUGUGUUUGUAAAAUUUAAUUUACUGGGUCUAAUUGAUCAGUUCUUCUUAGUCAUUUGUUACCAUGAUUUGUGGCAUGGCAAUUAAAAAGUAAAAUCAUAUACGCUGAAAGAUGUUCCUAAA